GACAUGGGCAGCAGCAACAGCAACAGCAACAAGCAGUCCCUUCCCCAACCUCAGCAGCCACACCACCAGUCAGCAAGCCCCAGCUGCAGAGUGGGAGCUUGGGAAUGGGUUCUACUGUGGCUAAGGCUUAUGGUGCCUCAAAGCCAUUUGGAAAACCUGCUGGAACUGGCCUGCUGCAGCCUUCAGGAGGGACACAGUCCAAAGUGGUACCCAUUGCCAGCCUAACCCCUUACCAGUCCAAGUGGACUAUUUGUGCCCGUGUCACCAACAAAAGUCAGAUCCGUACCUGGAGCAAUUCCCGAGGGGAAGGGAAACUUUUCUCUAUAGAACUUGUAGAUGAAAGUGGUGAAAUCAGAGCAACUGCUUUCAAUGAGCAGGUGGACAAGUUCUUUCCCCUUAUUGAAGUGAACAAGGUGUAUUAUUUCUCAAAGGGCACUCUGAAGAUCGCUAACAAGCAAUUCUCAGCUGUUAAAAAUGACUACGAGAUGACUUUCAAUAAUGAGACUUCUGUACUUCCCUGUGAAGAUGGCCAUCACUUACCCACAGUUCAGUUUGAUUUCACAGGGAUCAGUGACCUAGAGAGCAAGUCUAAAGACUCACUUGUAGACAUAAUCGGGAUCUGCAAGAGCUAUGAAGAUUCAACAAAAAUCACAGUGAAGUCUAGCAACAGAGAAGUUGCUAAGAGAAAUAUUUAUCUGAUGGAUAUGUCAGGGAAAGUGGUGACUGCAACUCUGUGGGGAGAAGACGCCGACAAGUUUGAUGGUUCUAGGCAGCCUGUGAUGGCUAUCAAAGGAGCCCGGGUCUCCGACUUUGGUGGGCGGAGCCUCUCUGUCCUGUCAUCUAGCACUAUCAUUGUGAAUCCUGACAUCCCAGAGGCCUAUAAGCUCCGUGGAUGGUUCGACUCAGAAGGACAAGCCUUAGAUGGUGUUUCCAUCUCUGACCUCAGGAGUGGAGGCGCUGGAGGGAACAACACCAACUGGAAAACUUUGUAUGAGGCUAAAUCGGAGAACUUGGGCCAGGGUGACAAGGCGGACUAUUUCAGCACAGUGGCAACGGUGGUGUUCCUUCGCAAAGAGAACUGUAUGUACCAGGCCUGCCCCACCCAAGACUGCAAUAAGAAAGUGAUUGACCAGCAGAAUGGGUUAUACCGCUGUGAGAAGUGUGACCGGGAAUUCCCCAACUUCAAAUAUCGCAUGAUCUUGUCGGUAAAUGUUGCAGAUUUUCAAGAGAAUCAGUGGGUGACAUGUUUCCAGGAGUCUGCGGAGGCUAUCCUUGGGCAGAACACUGCAUACCUUGGGGAACUGAAAGAGAAGAACGAGCAGGCAUUUGAAGAGGUUUUCCAGAAUGCCAACUUCCGAUCAUUUACAUUCAGAAUCAGGGUCAAGCUGGAGACCUACAACGAUGAAUCUCGAAUUAAGGCCACUGUGAUGGACGUGAAGCCCGUGGACUACAGAGACUAUGCCAAAAGGCUGAUCAUGAACAUCAAGAGGAACAUGUGAUCAUUUCCUCCUCUCCCGGUGCAGGAGGGCUGGUCAGCAGCAAUAUGUCCUGAGGUCUCCGAACCAGUCCCAGAACCUUCUCACCGGCCACUUCAACAAAUGUAACACACCUGCACAGCUAACAUGAAGAGCACAGAACUCUACGGGGAGUGCGAGGGAUGGGCUCCAUCAUAGGAUAAUGUUUUAAAAGAUUCCCAUACUAAAAACUCAGCUCACCCAGCUGAGCAGCCUCAGAAGGGGGUCCCACUGUUAAUGCCUGUGAGAGACCCAGGUCCUGGAGGACUGCCUGAGCAGAUUCUGGCCCACAGUUCCUGGAAUUCUCUUGGACACAGUUUAUCCGAAGGGCUGUUCGUGUUCUCAUUUUCAUCUAUUAGUUAGAGAUCAAUGCUUAUUUUGCAUCCACCAUGACACCAGCGUUAAGCAGUUGCGGGGGGAGGCAUCUAAUCAUUUUGCCUUUAUUUUAAAUGGUUCCUGAAUUCCCUCCAGCCUCAUUGUAAAAGAGGCAGAAAAGGGAAGGAACUGAUCUGAUUUCUGUCCAUAUUUCCAGUGUUUUAUGCCUUCCAUUAAAGCCUUGCUAAUCUCUA